GGACUCGGAACGACCUGAGGGUCCGAUCCAGUUGCCGUAACGGAGAAUGUCAGGUUGAGCGCUGAAGGAGGGCUGGAUGGCCGUGGGGAGCAGAGGAAGGGGAGGCUCAGACCCGCAAGCUAUUGAUUGUCUCCAAUUCUCCGCCUUCAGUACCGGAGUGUGAAGGAGUAUAUAUCUCAUCCACUUCACGAGUCUUUCUGAUCAUCCCUCACCACCAAGCAACUCAUCAGCACUCAGACAGACCUUCAAGGCUUCAGCUACUACCGUCGACUACUACACCAACCCACCAACCUCAAACUACCACCACUCAGUCACAAUGGCCGCUAUUCCUACCUGGAGCUUGGAGGGCAAGGUCGCCGUCGUUACCGGCUCUGGCCGCGGUAUCGGCAAGGAGAUGGCUCUCGAGCUCGCCCGACGAGGCGCAAAGGUCGCCGUCAACUACGCCAACAGCUCGGAAGCCGCCGAGGAGGUGGUCAAGGCCAUCAAGGCGAUGAAGACAGGCGCCGAUGCCGUUGCCAUCAAGGCCAACGUCGCCAAGGUCGACGAGACGGUCAAGCUCAUGGACGAGGUCAUUUCCCACUUCGGCAAGCUCGACAUCUGCUGCUCCAACUCCGGCGUCGUUUCCUUCGGCCACUUCAAGGACGUGACUGAGGAGGAGUACGACCGCGUCAUGCAGAUCAACACCCGCGGCCAGUUCUUCGUCGCCAAGGAGGCGUACAAGAGGAUGGAAGUUGGCGGCAGGAUCAUCCUCAUGGGCUCCAUCACCGGCCAGGCGAAGGGCGUUCCCAAGCACGCUGUCUACUCCGGCUCCAAGGGUGCCAUCGAGACCUUCACUAGGUGCAUGGCUGUCGAUGCUGGCGAGAAGAAGGUCACCGUCAACUGUGUCGCCCCUGGCGGCAUCAAGACCGACAUGUACCACGCCGUGUGCCGCGAGUACAUCCCCAACGGCAGCAACCUCGACAACGACCAGGUCGAUGAGUACGCCGCUACCUGGUCACCACACAACCGUGUCGGCCAGCCCAUCGACAUUGCCCGCGUCGUCUGCUUCCUCGCUUCCCAGGACGGCGACUGGGUGAACGGCAAGGUCAUUGGCAUUGACGGCGCUGCCUGCAUGUAAUGGGCUGCUAGUUGG